AAGACAGAUUGAUCCAAAUCUUUGAUCAGCUAUAGGGCAGCAUGCGAGGACUUUUACUCUUUUUCAUCGUCAUCUGCUGCAGCAGGGCCAAGAAGAUGCGCUGGUGCACGGUGUCAGAUCCUGAACAGAGGAAGUGCGCAGAACUGGCUAAAGCUCUGGUGGCAGUGCUGCCGCCAGCUGCUGUGGCAGCUUUCGCCAGACUGUCAUGCAUACGAGCGUCCAGCACGACUGACUGCAUCGAUAGGAUCAGGGCAAACCGUGCCGAUAUAGUGACGUUAGAUGCAGGAGAAGUUUAUUCCGCUGUGAAGCAGUUUGGCCUCGUUGCCAUCGCCAAGGAGAUAUACAGUGACGGAGGCUGUAUUCUGUCUGUGGCUGUGGUGAGAAACAGCAGUCUGGACAUUCGGUCCCUGCAGGGCCACAGGAGCUGUCACAGUGGGGUUCGAUGGACAGCCGGAUGGAGUCUCCCACUCGGCUUCCUCUUGUCCCGCAACUACCUGAGCUGGUCAAAGGAGCAGCCACUCAGUCAGGACGUCAGUACCUUUUUCAGUGCCAGCUGUGUUCCCGGAGCUGCUGCCAUGGCGCCACCUCUGUGCGCUCUGUGCCAAGGCCAGAAGUCCUACAUUCGCCAGAAGAAUUACCACUGUGAAACGUCCCACAGUGAGCCCUACUACAACAGCCAAGGAGCCCUCAGAUGUCUCAGGAGUGGAGCAGGAGAUGUUGCAUUUGUGGACCACCUGGCUCUUGAAAAUAUUGAAGACAGUGAUGAGUUCAGGUUACUGUGCACUAAUGGCACACAAGCUCCUCUCAGUGACUACAGAAACUGUAAUUUGGGACGUGGUCCUGGAGGCGGCAUGGUCACCAGAUUUAACUUUCGAAAGAUUGCUCGCAAAUUUGUAUCGACGGUGCAGAUGCUGUUUGGCGAACGAGGAAAAGAGAGGCAGCGCUUCCAACUCUUCAACUCAUCGUCUUUUGGAGAAAGUGACCUUCUCUUCAAAGAUGCGACAGAUAAACUCGCCGUCCUGCAAGAUGACAUGGACGUCAGUCAGGUGCUGGGGCUCGAUUAUGUGGCUCUCCUCAAAGGGCUCGGACAUGAAGGAAGUUCACUGGAGGACAGUGUUGUGCGGUGGUGCUGUAUCAGCCACGCAGAGCAGAAGAAAUGUGAGCAGUGGGCUCUCAGUAUAAAGUCCGACCCGCUGGUUUGUGUCCGAGCCGUCUCAAUGAAAGAUUGCAUCGAGAAGAUUAAGAGGGACGAGGUGGACACUGUCUCACUGGACGCAACUCACUCUUUCAUCGCAGGAAAAUGUGGUCUUGUCCCUGUCGUAACCGAAUAUUAUGGAGGAAAAUGUGUUCCUGCCGAAGGAGCUACACACUUAGAGACUGACGUGAUGCCCUCAGUGGUGGGUGUUGCGGUGGGAAAACGCUCCAGCAGAAACAUAUACAUCGGGAACCUCGGAGGCCGGCGCUCCUGUCACGGCCACAUGUACAGCCCUGCAGGCUGGCUGCUGCCGUACAGACACACGUUAAGCCUGGAGCACAACAGCAGCUCCCCCUGUGAUCCACACCAAGUGUACAAUGACGUGUUUUGGAAAGGCUGUCUUCCCGGCUCUCAGGGGAAUCUGUGCAAAGUGUGUCUGGGAGGCACGGGAGAGGCUGCCACCAAACGCUGCGCUGACAACCACAAUGAGCGUUACUAUGGAAACAUGGGGGCAUUACGGUGUCUGGUUGGAGACCCCAGUGGUAAAAGCUACGGCGAUGUGGCGUUCCUUGAGCAGCACAACCUACUUGCCAACAUCCUCAGUUUGAGCUCCACCGGUUGGGCGGACGGCUGGAGUUCAUCAGACUUUGAGCUGCUGUGCGCUGAUGGUCGCCGGGCCGCCUUGUCAGAGUGGGAGAGCUGUAACCUCGGAGUCAUCCCUCCGAACACCAUCAUGACACGGCCGGUGCUCACAGCACGAGUGUACGACUUCCUCAUGAAGUCACAGGAAACAUUGACGUCCAACCCAAACGCAGAGUUCAAGCUCUUUGAGUCUCAGCAAUAUGGAGAAAGUGAUCUGCUGUUCAAAGAUGCAACUCAGUGUUUUGUCCACACCAGCCACAUGGACUACCGCUCCAUCCUCGGAGAGGAGUUUUACAGUCACAUAGAAACUGUCUUCAACUGCACACACUCUGAUAUCUUGGAGUUUUGUAAUCAGGACGUGUGCAGCAUAUUCUGAUGGACACACAAGGAAACGUUACCUCUCUCUGUCCCACUCAGUGGUUCAAGCUUUCAUAAACUUACUGGACUCAAGUCAAAACUCUUCUGCCUGACUAAAAUGUGUUACAUUUUCAAAUGCACCAAAUAUAUCACUGUAUUUGUUAAUAUAUCUCUAAAUGAGUGUGAGACUGGGGACCAUUAGAUAUAUGGGGAUGACAUAUUAAAGCAAUACUUCAUUAAACAGCCCUGGAAUAAAUGUGUCGACUCUGGAGGAUUUACAUUUUUACAGAUAUUUUAUUAAAGAAUCUCCACACUUGUUUCAAAAAUGUUUGAGAUAAAGGUUCGUUUGAAUGAAGUUGUCUGAGCUCUUCACGGGAAGAAAACUUACUACAGCUGAAUACAGAGAGGACUACUGCUUUAUACUUGUGUGUAAUGUUUUGUACAAAUUAUGUACCACAGUGUAUGAUUUGUACCAAUAUGUAAUGAAAUGUAAUGCAGUUAAGUGGGUGAAAAGUUCUGUGGCCAUCUUUUUCUAUAUUACCUGUAUCUGUGUUUACUGUUUUAGCUAAUAACUUUUAUUGUAUAAAUAAUUUAAAUAUAUUGAUUCAUUGCAAUUUAUUAUCAAGAAUAAAUGGAUUAUGGCUGUACAGUAAAAUAAACAAAUAAAUAAA